AUGCUGCUGCUCUGCCUCACAGUUUUCUGCCUCAUUGGCAUCUCUCCCUGUGCUGCUGCACCACCGCGGAGCAACACGAGAUCCACCUCCACCAGAAACAAGCUGCUGCUCAUCUCCUUCGAUGGUUUCCGCUGGGACUACGACCAAGACGUGGACACCCCAAAUCUGGAUAAGAUGGCCCAGGACGGGGUGAAGGCAGAAUAUGUCACUCCACCAUUCCUCACUGUCACCAGCCCGACACACUUCACCCUCCUCACAGGACGAUACAUCGAGAAUCAUGGAGUUAUCCACAACAUGUGGUUCAACACUACCACUCAGGAGAAGAAGCAGUACUAUCAGACUCAGUUUGUGGAUUCCUACUGGGACAACGGGAGCUUACCGAUCUGGAUAACAGCUCAGAGACAGGGUCUGAAAGCCGGCUCUCUACAUUUCCCCGGCACAGCAGCGACUUACAAAAAAGAGAUUGUGAGGGUUCGGCAGGUGGAGCCAUUUUUAUAUGAUCACUCCAACGAGACGGACUGGAGGCUGAACAUCGACAAGGUGGUUGGAGAGUGGUUCCUCAAACAGGACCUGGACUUUGUCUCUUUGUACUUCGGAGAACCAGAUUUAGUAGGUCACAAGUAUGGACCAGAUUCCCAAGAGCGCCGGGAGAUGGUCAAGCAAGUGGACCGUACUGUGGGCUACAUUCGGGAAACGAUCCAAGAUCAUGGCCUGACUGACAAGCUCAACAUCAUCAUCACUGCAGACCACGGGAUGACCACAGUUCUACGAGGUGGAACUGUCAAUGAGAUCAUCCUCUCUAAGAUCCCUGGCUUCAGCUUCAAAGAUAUCAAGUUUCACCUGGUGGAUUAUGGUCCUACAGGGAUGCUGCUUCCUAAAGAGGGGAAGCUGGAGACGGUCUACCAGGCUCUGAAAGGAGGCCACCCCCACCUUCACGUAUAUAAGAAGGAGGAGAUGCCAGAGAGACUUCAUUACAGUAGACAUCCUCGACUCCUGCCCCUCAUCCUCUUCGCUGAUCCUGGAUAUGUCAUCAAUGGGUUUUUAACUGUGCAGUUCAACAAAGGAGAGCACGGCUUUGACAACGAAGUGAAGGACAUGAAGCCGUUCUUCAGGGCGGUGGGACCUGAUUUCAAGAAGAACCUGUUGUUUGGACACUUUGAGACUGUGAAUGUGUACCCGCUGAUGUGCCACCUAUUAGGAAUCAUACCUGAGAUCAACGAUGGACACUUCAGGACCACCGAAGGCAUGCUGGCCCCCAAGACGACCCCAGAGGGAGACAGCGGAGAUUCAGAAACAUUGUCCCCUGCGGUCGUGGCCCUAUCAGCAGUGACUGGGUUCCUGGUGCUGGUGUUCAUCGUGACCGUUUCUCUUGCCUGGUGUAAAAGGAGCAAAAAGGAAAAAAGACACAAAACCAAACAAGCUGACGAGCAGAAAGACUCAAACCAGACCAAUUUUUGAGGAUGACCCUGAUGUUUACAUGCUUCACCUGUUUCCCAAACUAAAGGCUGUUUCUGUAUUUGAUAACAUGUUAGUUUAUUUGGGGCCUGGGUUUAAGCAUUAUGGACGUAUUUGAAUAUCUUAAGAUUUCUUAUGAAUGACAAACUAUUAGACCAGCUGUUUUAAUUCAGA